UAUCGCAAUUUAGUUGAAUUUUAAUUUCUUUGCGUGCGGACUGCUUAUACAGAAUAAUGUUCAAGUUUCUGUUCAUAUUUUUGCUAAGCAUUUUGGCAUUCAAGCUGAUCAGGGCUAAUCGAGAUCCACAUUUGUGCACUGUGCCCGUUGAGGUCACCUAUACUGAAGAGGUUGACACGCCACUGAGUGAAUUUGGAAAAUUCGAGGAGGCUUACAGGAAACUGGGUAUAAACGGAGGUCGAAAAAAUGUGAAUAAAACAAAGACGGAAAUGCGAGAAGUAUGUUGUCCUGGAUACAUAAUGUUCCCCAACGGCAAUGGAGACUGCGAACGCCUGCUGACAACCAAACCCACAACAACCUCGAGUGCGGACACUGAUGAAACUGAGACUUCAACGGACUCCACUUCAUGGAGCCCCGCAUGGGACGACGAAUACUCAACGGAGCAGCAUUCCAGUACAACUGCGGAGGAAAACCCAAAGGCAAAACUUGUUAAAUUCGAUUACCUGAAAUAUGCCACAUAUGCUUGUGGCUGUCUCAUCAUUCUGUUAGUUAUAUUCUUUGUUUGCCGCAAGCGUACGCAAAAGAAGUAUUGCGUGGAGCAUGAACAUAAUCAUGUGAAAUACGAUGCCUGAGCAAAGAUGAUUCUUAUAUAGCCUGCUAAUCAUAAUCACAUGCAUAUAUGUAUGUAUAGAAUAACCAAACAUUUUUAGCAUGUAACAAUAAACAUUGUCCCAAAGAGAUAAACAGAAUUAAAUAUACAAGUGAAAUACAAA